GUUCCGGCAGUCCUGCGAAUGGUAUUAUAAAGAAGCUCAAUAUGAAGCUCAACUUUCGAGGUCCUGAUCUGCUGCCGAUUGCUCUCUGCUGGAAGUCGACAAAUCAUAAUAAAGAAACCAUCGCCGCAGCAAACCAUCCCCAAAGAUGCCUCUCCGCGUCCUCCUAACCGGCGCAAAUGGCUUCAUAGCCCAACACAUCCUCGCCCAGUUCCUCGCAGCAGGCCACUCCGUCCGCGCCGUGGUCCGCUCUCAGUCCUCCGUCGACCAGCUCCGCAAGACCUUCGCCUCCUAUCCCUCCCCGCAGCUCGACUUCGCCCUGGUACCCGACAUCGCCACCCCAGGCGCCUUUGACGCCGUCCUCGUCUCCGACGGUGCGCCCUUUGACGUAGUCCUCCACACGGCCUCGCCCUUCAACUUCCGCAAGGGCAAUUCCAACGCCGACUUCCUCGACCCAGCCGUCAAGGGCACGACCGAGAUUUUGCAUGGCGUGGUGCGCAAGGCGCCCUCUGUGAAGAGAGUCAUCGUCACAAGUUCCAUGGCUGCCGUGAUCGACAUCACCAAGCCAUCCAUCUCCAACCCGGCCAAGAUUUAUAAUGAAAGCGAUUGGCUUGAUGUCUCGAGAGAAGACGCAGAGGCCUCAACGCACCCGGCGAUACCCUACGUCGCCAGCAAGAAAUUCGCAGAAAAGGCAGCGUGGGCCUUCAUCUCCGAUACCGAACCCAAGCCCGCCUUCGACCUCGUAACAAUCUGCCCGCCCAUCGUCUACGGACCCCUCUACGACGUCUCCGCGACGAGUUCCCCGCAGAACCUCAACGAAAGCAACCACAUGCUCUACCAGAGCCUCUGCGGGGCAAGCCUCACCUCGGACUCGCCGGUCCCGCCCGAGAUGCUGCACCUGUACGUCGACGUGAGGGAUAUUGCGCGCGCGCACCUGUUGGCAGCGACGACGCCCGAGGCGGGCGGGAAGAGGUUCCUGGUGAGCCCUGGGGGCGUGUCGAAUCAGCAGCUGGCAAAUAUCUUGCGGGAGAAGCUGCCGCAAUGGGAGGGGCGCAUACCGAAGGGGGACCCGGCCAAGGCGACGCUGGCGGAGGGUAUGUUUGGGGUUGAUGCGUCGUUAGCGGAGAAGGUUCUUGGGAUGGAGUAUAGGACGUUGGAGGAUACCAUUGGGGAUACGGCGGCGCAAUUUGUCGAGCUUGAGGAUCGGGCGAAGGCUUCUUGA